AUGACAACUUCUGGUGUAGAGAAUUUUGCAAUGGGCAAGUCAGCUUGUAAAAAUAAUGAGCAUGACAAGUAUACCGGCUGUUCACCAUCGCAACGAUAUCUUUCGAGUAGAGGCGAGUCGUACGGGUUGAGCUUUCAGGAUGUUGUACUAAAGGGCCUAGCAGCGGACGGUGGCUUAUUCAUUCCCGAAGAAAUUCCCUCCUUACCUCACAAUUGGGAAUCUUUAUGGAAAAAUAUGUGUUUUGCCGAUCUUGCAUAUGAGGUUUUAUCUCUUUACAUCUCUCCCUCUGAAAUACCGGCUUCAGACUUAAAGGAGAUUAUAAAUAAAAGCUACUCGAUGUUUCGAACUCCAGAGAUAACUCCCCUUUUGGCACUGGAUCCGAAAAAUAACCUUCACAUACUCGAACUUUUUCAUGGACCUACAUUUGCAUUUAAGGACGUUGCCCUUCAAUUCCUAGGUAAUCUCUUCGAAUACUUUUUAAUCCAAAAGAACAAGGGGAAGAAAGGUAAAGAGAGGUAUCACCUCACGGUUGUCGGCGCGACAAGUGGAGACACUGGAUCUGCUGCCAUAUACGGUCUGCGAGGAAAGAAAGAUGUCUCCCUGUUCAUUUUACAUCCGAAAGGACGAGUAAGUCCAAUACAAGAGGCACAGAUGACUACGGUUCUUGAUCCGAACGUGCAUAAUCUUGCGUUACAGGGUACUUUCGAUGACUGCCAGGAUAUUGUGAAGGCCCUAUUUCAAGAUACUACGACCAACGAAAACCUGCACCUCGGUGCAGUUAACUCAAUAAAUUGGGCACGGAUCCUAGCACAAAUAACUUACUACUUCCACGCACAUUUUAGUCUUAUCAAAUCCAAAAAUUAUACACCAGGUCAGAAGAUUCGUUAUGUUGUACCGACAGGAAAUUUUGGAGAUAUUCUUGCAGGAUACUUUGCAAAGAGAAUGGGCCUACCUGUCGAUAAAUUAAUCGUUGCGACUAAUGAAAAUGAUAUACUUUAUCGCUUUUGGAAGAAUGGACGAUACGAAAAGAAGGCUGGAGAUUAUGUAGAGAAGUCACAAAAUGGGUUAGACAAUGAAACUUCGAAAUUACGAAAGUGUGAUGUCAAAGAGACCCACAGUCCCGCCAUGGAUAUACUUGUUUCAAGUAAUUUUGAAAGGCUGUUGUGGUUUCUGGCUUAUGAGUAUGCUGCUGGUGCAAAGAUGGACGAUGAGUGGAACAAAAAGCAGGCGGGCCAAGAGGUCGCAUGUUGGCUCGGCUCACUCAAAACCAAUGGCGGGUUUGACAUCGGUGCUGAAAUACUCGAACUUGCUCGGAGGGAUUUUGAAUGCGAGCGAGUCAAUGACUCACAAACAUUGGUUACAAUAAAAGAGUUCUAUUCACAAGCCACUGAAGGGACCGAUACUUCUAAAAUCAAGGAAAGCUAUGUACUAGACCCUCAUUCUGCCAUAGGGGUGGCAGCUUCCCAGUUUUCAAUCCAGCGAAACCCAAUUCCAGAUACUCACCACAUUGCACUCGCAACCGCACAUCCCGCUAAAUUCGCCGAUGCUGUUAUUCUGGCUCUCAAAGAUGAAAAAUCUUUCUCCUUUGAUUCAAUUUUACCAGAGGAAUUUUUCGGAUUAAUGGAAAAAGAGAAACGGCUUAGAACUGUUCCUAAAGACGCAAGUUUGGAAGAUGUAAGAGCAAUAAUACAAGAAGAGGUUCAAAUGGAGUUGAUUGGUGUUCAAUGA